AUGCGUGCCCCCAUCUCGAAUCCGGUUAACUCAACGGUCCCGAUUGCCUGCGACACUCUGCCCAAGGCUGCAGUUUUGGACCCAAAGCGCGUGUUGGCCAUUUCCAUGCUGGACAUUGACCGUGCCGGAGCCACUUACUUCUCCACGCCGCUGCUGCUGGGCAAGAACGGUCUCGAGAAGAUCCUUAGUCUGCCCAAGGUGAACGCCAACGAGAAGGAGCUGCUCAAGAAGGCCAUUCAGGAGCUGAAGAAAAACAUCCAGAAGGGCGAGGAGUUGGUCAAGAAGAAGUGA